GCAGAGACCACCAUAUCAUAGAUAAGGGACAGAAAGAAAGAGCUGGGAAGAGGAGAGCAGAGAACAGAGAGAGGGACUGACAGAGGACAGGACACAACAGAGAUGAGUCGGAGGGACAAAGACGAGCCUCGGCCACCCUGUCAGCGGAACUGCAGCCCCGACGCAAAGGACAUCAAAAGGUGUGCAUGCGAAUAAAUGCUGUGAGAUCUGGAGGAGAGCAGCAGGAAUACAAACUGCAGAGAGGUUCAGCCUGGUCAGCCCCAGGGUCAACAACACAACUGACUACUGCCUGGGACAACAGAACUUUUUGUGGCAACAGAUGAGAUGAAUAAUAUCUAAAUUAACCUUCGGAAUCCAGAGAUAUUUUUCUUACUGUUGCAUCAGCCCAUCUAUAGACAACCACAGAGGGCAUACAAUAGAAAGCUGCAGAUUGUUUCUCUCAUGGCGAGUAUUUGGGUCUCUAAACUGGGAACCAUCUGCAGCUCAAAGACGUGGCUGCUGCUGUUUUUCAUCCUGCUCCCCCAGGAGCCUCUCUGUGGAGAGAGCAGUCCCAUCUCUGGUGCCCAUCAGAGGCAUCGCCCAGCUCCGGGGCUGGGAGACGGGCAUGGGGGGGUGGUGGAUCUGUCACUGCUGGAGCAGGACAGCAACGUGGACAUGCAGAGCCUGCUGGAGAGCCUGAAGGAACAGUUUAUGCAGACUUUCAACUUGUCGGGCUUGGGUCCUCCACUGCCUCCGGGGAGCACACGAGAGGAGCCGCCUGAGUACAUGAUGGAGCUCUACAACCGCUUUGCUAAUGACCACACUGCCAUGCCCUCCGCCAACAUCAUCCGCAGCUUCAAAAAUGAAGAUUCAUCUCCGAGAGUUGUGGGUGUUGGAGGAGUGAGGCGUCACCCCCUCCUCUUUAACGUGUCAGUCCCCCAUCAUGAACGCAUCACAGCAGCAGAACUACGACUCUACACCCUUGUCCAGACUGACCGUCACCUCUAUGCUGGGGUCGACCGCAAGGUCACAAUCUAUGAACUAGAAUUGCACGACCUGGACGACAACACGACGGAUGAGAACACUGUGAGAGGAGAUGCUUUAAGAGCGGGAGGAGAGCGGAUAGAGCGGGUGGAGUUGGCUUCACGCCAGGUCUACGGCACUGAUAACGGAUGGGAGGCCUUUGACCUCACUGUUGCUCUCCAACGCUGGCGCAAAUCUGACCAAGGCACCACGCACAGGUUGGAAGUGCAUAUUGCCAGUGUGGCAAAUGAUAAUGUUCAGGGUUCAACCGAUGACAGCAAAGACAGUAAUCUACCUGAAGGAGACAUGAAGAUUGACACCAGCCCUGAAGAAAAACACAAACCCUUGCUGAUUGUUUUCUCAGAUGACCAAAGCAGUGAUCAUCGUGAUGACAAGCGCGAGCUGAAUGAAAUGAUUGACCACGAAACCUCGAACAUGGUUCUGCCGAAUGAUUUAGAAAGGGGUCUUUGGGGAGAGCUGGAAAGGGACAGGUAUGGGGGGGAGGAAGAGGCUGAGCCAGAGGAGGAGGACCUAUUACAAAUGAGAUCUAAUCUGAUCUAUGACUCAGCUUCUCGCAUUCGUCGCAAUGCCAAAGGCAACCAUUGCAAGAAACAAUCUCUCUAUGUUGAGUUCAAAGAUAUUGGAUGGGACAGUUGGAUCCUGGCACCCACAGGCUACGAUGCCUUUGAGUGCGCUGGAAUUUGCUCAUUCCCACUGACAAAGCAUGUCACACCCACCAAGCAUGCCAUUGUGCAGACAUUGAUCAAUAUCAACAGUCCUCAGAAAGCAGCACGCGCCUGCUGUGUGCCCACCAAGCUCGACCCCAUCUCCCUGCUGUACCUGGAUGACACAGGUGUUGUCACCUACAAGUACAAGUUUGAAGGUAUGGUGGUGGCUGAGUGUGGCUGCAGAUAGUCCACACUCGAGAAAGUUUAACUUAUUAUAAAGUCUUACGGUCGGAGGGAAGACCCUGAACAAACAAUAAGCUGGAAAAGCAGAUAAGCCCAGAAUGUGUUCAACAAAGGGACAACUGUUGGAAUCUCUGUGAAGGUUUCGCAUUGACAACGGACGUGUACAUGCACUGUCGCGCCAAGUGUGGACAAAUAUGUUUUAAAUGGCAAAGUAGAAUAAGUUGCUUCAUCUAACAUGGCCAAAGACGUGUAUAUCAGUUGCCCUCAUUUAGACAAUGGAGAGACAAAGUGUCCAGACUUGUCAACUUGUUGCCAAUAGUGAGAACAACAAGAAGAAAAAGGCAAAAGAUUUCCCGAGGACCAAACCAUGUACAUCCUUCAGUGCGGCCUGGUGGGAACUAGUGGGCCAGCCGCCCCCCUCCCUCUACUUCCCCUGACAUCUGUCUUCCUCUCCAGUUAUCUCUGGCCUCCCCACUCGAUGCAAACACUAAUCAGCACUUCAUGUGUCCUGGUGCAGUGGAAUGACCUCCCACAGGCAACCUGACAAGACAUGAACUCUGUAGGCCCACCUCCUGCCUCCUGCAGCCUCCUGAUACGUAGGUGCUGUGCAGGGUUCCCGGUGGCAGGGUUAUCUUUCCCAACCCUGUUUCCCACGUCCCACUCCCUCAAGCUAAAGCGAUAGCAAGGUGUUGGGGGUUGAGAAACAUGUGAGCCACCGCUUAAGGCCUGGAGAGCUUGACGCCAUUCUGGGCAUCUUUUGAGGUGGUGGGACUGGGGGUUGGGGGUACAUGACAAGAGGGCAGAGGUUGUCCAAAUUCCAAGGCAACAAACAAUCUUAACUGGCUCAAAUCACUGACCCAUCACAAUGUGCCCCCCAACAUAUCUGCAACUGCUAAAUUGAUUCAUCAUUCAUUUUUAUGUUCAAAUGUCCUCUUUGGAAGCUAAAAAUUAAGAUUGGGAGUGGGGGUCCUCCUCGCAUUCCUGUUAUGGAUUUCCAAAGAAAAACUCUCAUUUUAUCAGCCCUUUGAUACCUCUGCUGCUUGUGUCAAAUAAAAGACUAUUUAUUAUUCUAAUUUAUUGAAUUUUACGACAGAGUAGUAAUGUGUGUAAAUGUGUAAGUUACUUAGUGUAGUGCAGGUUGUUUAACCAUGAAGAAUGCAUUCGCAGCACAAGAUAAUUUUUGUUGGGAAGAGAAAUGGUAACAGUUUCUAGAUAAAUAAGUUGCAAUUGCUUUAUAAAGCUCACAUGAAGAGUUGCCUUCUGUUAACAGAACAUCAUGUUAUUCAAAGCAACCACCUUAAUUAUUUCAUGUCAAGAUGAACAUAAAUAUUUGGAGCCAAAGUAUCAGGCUGA